AUGAAGACACCACGACAGACCCACCGUCAGUCCUCCAGUGCCCCCUCGUCGCCAGUGGUCAAGAGAUCGCAUAUUUGCAGCAUAUGCGCUAAAGCGUUUCUUACCGGAAGCCAUCUCACUCGCCACGAGCGCGUCCAUAGUAGUGAAAGGAAACAUCUCUGUCCUUUCCCUGGCUGCGAUGUUCGCUGUUCACGGAAGGACAACCUCCAGCAACACUACCGAAUCCACCUUUCGCCUGGCUCCCGCCGCAGAACAGGACGCGUCAUAAUGCUGGAACCCCAACCUCGACAACGGAGUCCUUCACCAACACCACCGUCCCCUUCUCAAAGAGAAGACUCUCCACCACUUACACCACCCCCUCUAGCGGACUCUCGAUUCUAUUAUUUGCGCAUUGGCGUAAUAACCCAGGAAGAAUUCGAAGAUGUUCCUGUUAAUAUUGACCUACCAGUGUCGCCCCAGCCCAAACAGGAUCGAUGGCACCCCAGUCUUCUACCUCCCAUCGACACCUCGACCACAGCAAGUUCUCGUGACAGCUCAUCUCCUGUGCCCUUGACAUCGAGUGCUAGCGCGGGGGCCAGUCCAUAUUGGGGCAGAGCUUCAAGCACCCAUUCAUCACCUCUUGUCCGCUAUCAUCCAUACUCCACCUAUUCACACUCCUUUGAUCAACCAUACGCCGUGCAUAAUUCCCAUUCAUAUUCUGAAGACCGACAAUUGCAACCGCACCCCCAACCAGACGUCCUUCCACACGUUCCGGCCUUACAACGUGUUCUUGAUACUGAAAACAGUCUUGGUCUUUCAGUAGACACGCUUUCGCCCCCAAUCCAAGUCCAUGCUCCAGCUCCGACUCGUCAUUGUGUGCCGCUUUUUCUUGUGGCUGGUGAUCUCGAACUUACUCCAGCACCAUCACCAACCCCAGUCGACCCGACGACCAAUCACAUCGCUGUAACUGUCUCUCCGCCGACUAGCAUCGUGGAAAGUCCUCAGAUUCCGUACCAACAGAAUACCCACUACUACUAUAACCAUAUUCAGCCAGAAGAGGACCUCUCACGGCAACAGCGCUAUUCGGAUGUAUCAUCACCGCCCUACUCUCCGUCUAUUAUCGGUGUGGCAGAGACGGCCUACUAUCGUCCAGUCUCGCCACCCACAGCCUGUAACACUGUGGCGUCGAGACGGCGCUCAUAUCCCGUUGCAACGCGGACGAGAGAGACUAGGAGCGGUCAUAAUCAAGAAGCACCACUCACACCUGUCUACCUGGCACCCCCAUCGUUUUCCCUCUCCGCUGCCUAUAAUUGGCAUGUCUCGUAG